GUGACUGGUUCCCAUUGAAAUCAUUAAAAAUGGACAACGCCGCAACUACAGAAUGUUUGACCCUUGACUUUGGUCCUUUUGAAACUGUUCAUCGUUGGCAACGUAUGCCAGAAUUCGAUGAAUUCGUUGGUGCCAGGCGUAGCAAACACACUGUUGUAGCAUAUAAAGAUGCGAUAUAUGUUUUUGGCGGUGAUGAUGGUAAAAGAAUGUUGAAUGAUCUGUUGCGAUUCAAUGUAAAAGAGAAAUAUUGGGGACCUGCACUGGCUGCAGGAGCUCCUCCUGCUCCACGUUACCAUCAUUCAGCAGUUGUGCAUGAUUCUUCUAUGUUUGUAUUCGGUGGUUACACUGGUGAUAUACAUUCCAAUUCAAAUCUUACCAAUAAAAAUGACUUGUUCGAGUACCAAUUCCAAACUUGCCAGUGGACUGAAUGGAAGUUCAUUGAUAAAAAACCUGUAGCUAGAUCUGCCCAUGGAGCUGCUGUGUAUGAUAAUAAGUUAUGGAUAUUCGCGGGCUACGAUGGAAAUGCAAGAUUAAACGAUAUGUGGACAAUAUCUCUACUGCCUGGAGAACCGAGGGUAUGGGAAGAAGUUGUUCAAUCCGGUGAUUGUCCACCGACGUGCUGCAAUUUCCCUGUCGCUGUAGCUCGUGAAUCCAUGUUUGUAUUUAGUGGUCAGAGCGGAGCUAAGAUCACCAACAGUCUCUUCCAGUUUCAUUUUCGAGAAAGACGGUGGACACGGAUUUCAACGGAACGCAUACUUCGUGGUGCUCCUCCACCACCUGCCCGCCGAUAUGGUCACACUAUGGUCAGCUUUGACAGACAUCUUUACGUUUUUGGGGGCGCGGCUGACUCCACGUUACCUAACGAUCUUCAUUGCUAUGAUCUUGACACGCAAACCUGGAAUAUUAUUUUGCCAUCCGCCGACAGUCAAGUUCCAUCCGGUCGCUUAUUCCACGCGGCAGCGGUAAUCGGGGAGGCGAUGUUCAUUUUCGGUGGAACAGUUGAUAAUAAUGUGCGAUCAGGCGAGACGUAUCGGUUUCAAUUUUCGUCUUAUCCAAAGUGCACGUUGCACGACGAUUUUGGAAGAUUGUUAAAUGGACGCCUUUUCUGUGACGUGGAGUUCGUAGUAGGAGAUUUGGAAUCGAGGAUACCUGCCCACAUAGCUUUGGUAGCAGCUCGUUCGAAGUUUCUCAGAGCUUGCAUCAUACGGGCGCGAGAGAAGCGAGAGAAACACUUGGAAGAUGUGCUUGGGACUACGGACGUACCGAUAAAGGACCUAUUAGAGGUGAGACUGCGGGACGCAGUACCGGAGGCUUUCGAAAUGGUCUUGAACUAUAUUUAUACCGAUCGCAUCGAUCCAACGAAAGGAAGCGAAGAUGGAUCCAGCAAUCGCGUCGAAGAUCCUUUGAGCAAUCGAAUAGUGCUCCUCAUGAUGGACGUCUAUCGUUUAGCUGUGGAAUUCAAUAUGAUACGCUUGGAACAACUGUGUGUCCAUUACUUGAAAGCCACCAUAAGCCACGCGAAUGUCCUCAAAGCGUUACACAACGCUGCACAAUUGAAACUUGACUUUAUAAAGGAGUUUUGCUUGAGCUUCAUUGUGAAAGAAAGCAACUACAAUCAGAUUGUAAUGAGCCAAGAGUUUGAGACCUUGGACCAACCUUUAAUGGUAGAAAUUAUUAGAAGGCGGCAAAUGCCUCAGGCGAGAAACUUCUCCAAGCAGUAUGACCUUGGUACAGGAACGACGCUUGAGCAAGAUAUGGAGGCAUUCUUAAAGAGUGUCGGCAAAGAAUUCUGUGAUAUAACAUUGAUGUUAGAUGGAGUGCCGAUUCCAGCUCACAAAGCGAUUCUUGCGGCACGAUGUAGUUACUUCGAGGGAAUGUUCCGCUCCUUUAUGCCAGAAAAUAAUACAGUGAACAUACAAAUAGGUGAGAGGAUACCGUCUUCUGAAUCAUUCGACUCUUUGUUGAGGUACAUCUAUCACGCCGACGUUUCCAUGCCACCGGAAGACUCCUUAUAUUUAUUCACGGCGCCGGUUUUUUACGGCUUCACGAACUAUCGGUUGCAGGCAUUUUGUAAACAGAAUCUCGAAAUGAAUGUUACCUUUGAGAACGUUAUACAAAUCUUGGAAGCUGCGGAUAGAAUGCAGGCUGCCGAUAUGAAGAAGUAUGCGUUGGAUCUCAUAGUGCACCAUUUUAUACAGGUUGCAAGACUUCCAAGACUGAAGCAAUUGAGUCGAGAACUUUUGUUGAAUAUUAUCGAGACCUUGGCCGACGAGCGUAGCGAAGCGCGCCUGCGUCAAGAUAUGGCGAAUGAUUGCUGACGGAUUUCUGCUUCGCAUCGUUGCCCUUUUAAUUGGGACUUACCCUCACCCUCCAGCUUCCAACCUAGAAUGAUCUGAGACAACGAGGCAGCGCCGAAUCGCAAUCGCGUGUUCAUAAAUGGCGUUUGAACUCCAAAGAAAAGACUGUGAACCACUUUUGCGAGCAGUAAGGAAGCAACUUGACAACCUAACAGCGGAUGGACAAUUCCGUAUCGACUAUUAUCGAUAGACGUUACAAAUAUGUAUAUCUAAGAGUGUGCACAAAACUGCCGUGAAUAAUAAACAUUUCCAAAUUACCCCGAAGAGAUAUUUAGCGCUUAAUAUUAUAUAAAAGGAUUGUCGGCCUCAGUGAUUUCUCUUAUUUUUCCUUAAUCUUACUCGAAGGGAUACGCGAAAGUGGAUGAGAAACGAACAGGCGAAAAGAGAGUAAAUCAAAGGCACUUGUUACCUAGUUAGCCGUCUGAUGCGAAAUAGAUCGAGCGAGGAGCGAACGACCGGUGAUCGAUAUCGAUCGGGGACUUUCGGGUCCCCACUCCUCUCUCCGCCUCGGGAGCCGAACUACUCGAUCCAACCAACCUUCCGGACGGAGAGAAGAGCGCUCUGUCGGUUCGAUCGUUGCUCCUCAGUCGGUCAUUUAUUUGAAAGAAUAUUUACAAUCUUGUCCGUCUGGGAAAGGUACAAAUUAAAAGGAUUAUUUUCCAAACAAAGAGUUUUAUAAAGUAAAGUAAUUUGUUGGAUAUUAAUAUAAAACUUGUUGUACAGAAGUUGGCCUGCU